UAAACGAAUAUGUUUCUUCACCUUUUCAACCAAAGAACAAUUCAAAACACACACAAGUAACACAUAACAUAAGAAGGUUCCUAGAAGUAACCCCCUAUUCAUUUGGUCACAUGACAUCAUAACAAACGCGUUUUAACUCAUGUCUUCCUUUUUUAUUCCCACUUUUCUCGUACCAUGUCCAAUCCAAUUCUCUUUUCUUCAUUCACUUUGUUCUCUCAAUUCACCUUCUUGUGGUCUAAAGAAAAAAGGGUAGUCAUGUUUCUUUGUAGAUCAAUAUCAAAAUCAAUUCUCUUUGUGUUUGGGUUUGUGUUGCUUCUCUCUGGAGCCAAUGGUAUUCGAUCUAUUGCCACAGAGAAAGGUUAUGAUGAAAGUGAGGUUCAAGUUGAUCCCUUUGUGCAAUUCAGAGAGGCCCCAGAAUACAGAAACCAACGAAAGUGCAGUCUAGUUGACACAAACAAUGUGAAAAUGGUCUGUGACCCUUCACUUGUGCAUAUUGCCUUGACCAUUGAUUGGCAGUACCUAAGAGGGUCCAUUGCUGCAGUGCACUCUGUGGUGAAACACACUUCAUGCCCUCAGAAUCUCUUCUUUCACUUCAUUGCAUCAGAUGCAAGAUUGGAGAGCAGGGAUGAGUUUGUCAGGAUUCUUCAUUCCUCAUUUCCUUCCAUGAGAUUCAAAGUUCAUGAGUUCAAAGAGAGUCUAGUUGAAAACCUCAUAUCUCCUUCAAUUAGGGAAGCACUUGACAACCCCCUCAACUAUGCAAGAACUUAUCUGGCUGAUUUGCUUGAUCACUGCAUUGAGAGGGUUAUAUACUUGGACUCUGAUGUCAUAGUUGUUGAUGAUGUUCAAGAGCUGUGGAAGGUUUCUUUGACAGGGUCAAGAGUCAUUGGUGCUCCCGAGUAUUGUCAUGCAAACUUCACCAGAUAUUUCUCCUAUGAGUUUUGGUCAAGUGAAGAAUUUUCUGAGGUCUUUGCAGGGAAAAGGCCUUGUUACUUCAACACUGGGGUGAUGGUAAUGGACUUGGUGAGGUGGAGGGAGGGUGACUACACAAGGAGGAUUGAGAAGUGGAUGGAGAUUCAGAAGGAGAGAAGGAUCUAUACAUUAGGAUCACUCCCUCCUUUUUUGUUGGUUUUUGGUGGUGAUGUUGAGGCCAUUGAACAUAGAUGGAACCAACAUGGAUUAGGUGGGGAUAAUGUUAGAAAUAGUUGCAGGACUUUGCAUCCUGGUCCUGUUAGUUUGUUGCAUUGGAGUGGCAAAGGGAAACCAUGGGAUAGGCUUGAUGCCAAGAGGCCUUGUUCAGUGGACUUUCUUUGGGCACCUUAUGAUCUCUACAUACCCCAUCACCACAAGAGAAUUGCUAUUGGCACUACACAUUCAUCAUUUUAGGAUAAAAUUUUAUAUAUUGGUUCAUUCCGAUUCUUUUGUUCUGAAUAUUUUUUGUGUAUAGACAGAACACUCAAAAGAUUUUGUAAUGUUUGUUGAUACAUAUUCAAUAGUUUAGUAAGAGAGAACAUCAUGAGGAACACGAUGAUACGCAAUUGGAUAAGAUAUGAGUUAUGUUUUCAUGUGUUAUCCCUGUAAAGAUAUUUAUUGAAUGAAAAGGAAUAGCAGAGCAAACAAAACAUGUCAAAAAUUAAAUCAA